AUGCCAUACUAUAUUGAAAUACCACAACAAAGUUCUAACUCGCAAAAGUGUGAGGUGAGAACUCUGUUGAACAUCUACUGGUUGCUGGUUGGUGCUGUACACCAGGCGAAUGCCUUCUAUUGCGAUCAGCUGAUGGCCACUACCUCAUAUUUGUUCUUCAGUAUCGUGGUCAACCUAUACUAUGCUGUCUUGAGUUAUGAUUCAAGUGACUACAUAGAGUUUAUAUGUGCGUCCAUCUGGGCUUUGGCUAGCAUUAGUUACAUGGUGGUGAUGGUUCGAUCUGCCGCUGAUGUCACUAAGUCGGCUGACAGGACUAUGAUGAUGAUCUGCAAGAUGAUCCACAAGGAUAUUGAUCCUGCUAUGAGGACAGAGUUGGAGAGGUUCCUUCUACAAGUAACUAACGAUAGACCGAAAUUUUGUGCACUGCAUUUCUUCAAAAUUAAAAACGAUAUCUUAGCUAAAAUGGCAGGAGCAGUGACCACCUAUUUGGUAAUUCUGCUUCAGUUCCAGAAUCAAAACAAGGAGAAUUAA